UGUUUCGCCGGCUUCUUGUUUGAAACCCCCAACGCUGCGAUGAUUCCUUUAGCUCUGGACCUGAUCUCCGAUGGCACGCCCCUAUAGGCGCAUGGAUGCAGGCCGCUGAAGACCUCCGAGGGCGAUGCGCCACUGGCUUGGGCUCGACCUCCCCUGGUCCUGCAGCUGCACCUGUCCCGGACAGGAGGACGUGGGCGACGACCGCGCCGAUGCGGUGCGCUUUGUGGACGACUUGGAGGAGUUAACCAAUGCGGACGUCCUCUUGGAGAAAGCUGAAGCCAACGCCUUGCCUUCGGGGUCGCAUUUGACCAUCCUGGCGACGGGGCCGCGGAGCCUGACCCAGUUACUGUGGGGCGUUCCGGACGCCGCCCCGGGCAGUCGUCGACAGGGCCGCUGUGUGAGCCACUGGGAACCCUAUGACGGCUCCAUGAGCAUCCUGGAGAUCCAGGCGAGCACAGGCCUUCCAGCUCAAGAUGAGGCACGGGAACUUUUGAGCGAUCUCUACCUGUUGGCGCCGCGCGGCAUCAAUGUCCUCCUCUAUGUGUUGCCGUUUGGCACCGUCUCAGAGGAGCUCAUGCAUCGACUCGUCUUCCUACUGCAGUAUCUUCUUGGCAACGAGAUCCUUUUGAACUUGUACGUGGUGGUGACGGAGGCGCCUUCGAGCCUUCAAAGCUCGGACGAUGCCGUCGAGUGGGUCCAGUCCUUUGCCGACCAGGAUUCGGGUUUUCGACACCUCUUCACUUUGGCGGGCAAGAACCCUUCAAGGUUCAUCAUCCUUGGCAAGGCGAUCCAGGAGGACGAGCGCCGUGCAACGGUCUGGUCCGCCUGCGGACGACAUCCAGUCAAGACCAUGCCGGCCUUCAUCGUGAAGAACAUGCAGCAGGUGCUGAGUGCCAUCAAGGUGGAGCGAGAUCGACUGGACGAGAAGGAGUACAAGGUGGCGUGUUUACGCGCUGAAGUGGAGAGGAGGUCUCAGUCUCAGCAUGUGAAGGACUUGCCCCGGCUAGGCCGGCCGCACCUGAAGGCAGCAAUGCUGGCCACAUUCGCCCUGGUGCCAGAUGAUGACCUGAACACGAAGGUGGAGCCCCAACAGCUGGAGACUCGACACCUUUGCCGAGAAGUCCGAAAGGCAGAGCGAGAAGUGGAGGCGUUGCAGCAGGUAAUUGAGAAGAAGCUUCAAGAGGUCCGAAAGGCCUCCUUCUUCCAGGAGCAGGUGGCGGACCAUGUGGAGUCGGCUCGAAGGAGGUAUCAGAUGGACUUGGAGGUCGGGUCCACCUCACGAGACGGCUCCCACUUCGUGAACUCCUUGGGCUCGAAGUACUUCAAUGCCUUUGGCCGAAAGGAAAUUCAACAGGAGAGGCCCGGUAGCUUCCAGGGCUUCGCCACGUUGUCGGCGUCCUUGGCCAUGGCCAACUCCGAGGAUCGGCCGCCCUCGUUGAUCUUCGAUUGGGACGACACCCUGUGUCCCACCUCAUGGCUCCGCAAACUGCCGGGUGAUGCGAAGGUCGCGAACAACAUGAAGCUCGAGCUCCAUGCAGGCCGGAUUGAGCAAGUUCUGCGAGCUGCGCGGAGCUUUGGCUAUGUGGACAUUGUCACCUUAGCCAAUCGUCAGUGGCUGGAUCAAACGAUCCACCUGCUGAAGUCCAGCUCCUCCACCGCGGUGGAUCUCUGGGCGCUCUUCGGGGAACUGGGCAUCCGAGUGCACUACGCGCACAACCCGCAUUUGCCCAUGAGAAUGUCCUUGUCGAAGCCUUUGGACAACGACGGCAUCCUGGCCAAGAAGGUGGCCAUGUCGGCGGUUCUGGACCGGUACUAUGGCGACAGUGUUAAGGCUCGGGUCCAUGCAAUGUCCUUUGGGGAUCAAGACACUGAGGCCACGGCGCUUCAAGAAGUGAUGAAGGAAGCCUGGAGCAAGAGUUGGCAACGACCGAUCUCGAAGGUGGUGAGGCUGCCAGUUGAACCGGAUCUUCAGGAGUUGGGACAAAGUCUUCAAAAGAUCCUCGCGCACCUUCCAGCGCUGGUCCGUGUCGACGCGGAUCUGGCCCGGCCUUUUCGCGGCCAGAGCUGGUGCAAAUGUUGCAGGAUUUGGAUUUGAGGACUUUAGAUCGCCAUCGAUGGUAGCGUUGUGAUCCGUACAGCCCCGCUCAGUCGGGUCCUUUUUUUCGGAUCCAUUUUAAAGACUGAGACUUGAGGAUGGAAGUUGCUUUGCCAAAAGACCGGUCAAUGUCUUGUAACGAGAUGUCAUGACAUGUCAUGACCACAUCGACACCAGUUUGUCUCCAUGCAUUCAUGGACUUGAACUUGAACUGAACUCGUUUUUGGCGGCCGGAAGGGAUGAAUUGGAUUGCCUUUCUUUAACAACAUGACCAUGUAGGAUCUCUCUUGGCGGUGCCACUGCAAAGCAGAGGAGGCCGCUGAUACCGCCACGUGACGCCAAAGCGCCGGGGUUGGGGUCGAGGUCAAGCGCCA